AUGGAUUUCAAUCGAGAUGAAGGGAAUGAGACUAUCAGUCAAAUCCAGGUCAACAUUCAACAGCUGAACCAGCAAGGUUUUUAAACUUUUAUCAAUUUUUUCAAAACAAUUUCCUCAAAGUAUUUUUUUUAAGCUCUUUUUGAUAAUUUUAUUUUUUGGACGAAUUCAUUUUUUUUUUCUUGCAGUCCAACAGCUCGACUCCUUCAUAACCCGUUUGUCGGAUAGCAGCGACAGUGGCGAACGCAACAGGCAACUUUUUAAUGAGGUAUCUUUGCGAGUUGAAGAAGCGCUAAUAAUACAAUAAGUUUCCAGAAAGCGCAAAAGGCUCAGGAACUUUCGAAGGAGACGAACGCCCUGAUGAAGAAGCUCGUUGGUUUCAGUAACACGAAUGUAAAUUAUAUUCUUUUUUCUAUAACGCCGCCUUCAAAGCGAUUCCGCGAAAUUAGAAAUGAUCUCUCAAUCUUCAAAAUUUGGUUUUCUUUUUCACUCCGUGAACGUCAUUUCUAUUUAGCUGAAAUCACUUUGAACGCGGCACAAUAAAAUUUCGAAAGUUUGACGUUUUCAUGAUAUAUUACGCUGUUUGCCGAAGUUCAUCAUUUCAGCGAACACUCCGAAUACAGCGUGAACGUCUCCAGAAUGAAUAUAUCGGCGUGUUGAACAAACUGCAAGCUUCUCAAAGGAAAGCCGCUCAGACUGAGAAAGCCAGCAUGAAACAGGUGAAUAUGCGAUUGAAACGCUUGGGUAGUUUGAGAUGAGCUUACGAACCGCGUACUCAAAGAAAAAACUUUUUAGAGCGGUUCAAAAAAUAUAGCCUCAAUCGAAUCAAGCCUUUGAGUUUAUCAAGAAUAAACAAGUUUCGAACUUCUGGGAAGAAAAUUUAAUAAAAAAAAAUUCACGAAGUUGUAAUUUCAAGAGUCUAGUGAUUGAAGGAAGCCUGUUAAGAUGGUACCGACUAAGUUGAACGAAGUUUUUGGACUAAUUAAUUCUUUUUUCUAAAUGAUAUUGUGAAAGAGUUAUCUCUUUCUUAUCAAUUUGUGAUGCCGGUUUCAUCUGUUAUCGAUGUCUCAAUUCAUAAAAUUAUUUGUUAUCAUUUUUCCCAUCGGAAGUUUGAUUUUGAAGGUGCGAGAAGCGGCUGAAAUGGACGCCGAAGCAAGUAGAGCCGCAGAAAUCGAAGCUUUCGGCGGCCGAGAACAGCAAAUGUCGAUGCAGCGACAGCAGAAUGUCAACCUUCAAGAAAUCAAACAACGCCAGGAGGUCUUCUGAUCAUCUUCCGAUUUGAAAAAUAUUAUAUUCUUGGUUUCAGGCGCUCGUUCAGCUUGAACGUGACAUAGGAGACGUCAAUCAGGUUUGUUUAUAUUUCUCUCCACAGUAAACAUUGUUGGGAUUGUUUUUUAAACUUUGUUCCCAUCAAUGUCAUAAAUACUCUCGGAUGCUGAUGAGGGUAGACCAGCCGUGCCACAAAGGGGUAUCAGCGGGGGCGCCCGUAUUAAAACCCGUAUGAGCACGGCUGGUAGAACUUUGCACUUUUUAGCACAGUUGGGUUUUAUAUUUUUGAAAUAAACAUAGCGGGGACAGCUAAUUCUUACCCGUUGUAACGCCACAGAGACUCGAAUAGCCUUAUAAAAACGGAUUAUAUCUUCGUUCGAGAAGUUGUUUUCAGAUUUUCGCCGAUUUGGCGAGCAUCGUUCACGAGCAAGGCCAAGUCGUCGACAGUAUCGAAGCGAAUGUCGAACACGCGCAGAUUCAUGUCGAGCAGGUUUGAAAGUCUAUAUCGAGAAAAAUUAUACUUUUUCAAAAUUAUAAAGGCCUGAAACACCGAUUAUAUAAGUCAAACGAACAAUCAAAAGUAGAAAAAAAAGCAACGAAUGGGUUUUUUUUUUCAAAAAAUUUCGGAUUUGAAAAAAGCAAAAAGAUCAGGGAUAACUUUUCAUAGGAUUCCUAUGAAAAAAAUAUUUUAUAAUAGGACUUUUUUUGCUCGAAAAAAAUGUUAAAAACCGAGUUCAAUAAAAAGAAAGACAGGGAUGUGAAUGUGUUCUUGAACCACGUUUUAAAUAUUUUUCUAUCUCCUGAAUUUCGAAUCCAGUUAUUUUUCAAGCCUUCUUUUCUCUUCCAAUCUAAUAGGCUCAGCUUUUCUGAAGCUCUUUAUUGAAAUAUUAGUUUUUCGAAAUAUCAUUCGUUUCUGAGAACCAAUGGAAAUUCCAAUUUUAAAGGGAGCUGCGAAUGUCGAACAAGCCGUUUACUACAACCAAAAGGCGCGACAGAAGAAACUCAUGUUGUUCAUUUUCCUCGUUAUCCUCAUUUUCAUCAUUGGCCUCACCAUUUACCUCGCCCGAUGA